GCACCGCACCGCGUUCCUGGGCCGAACGCUCUCCACUUGGUGCCCGCCGUAUCUCGUAUCGACCACUCGGAGAGAUGCUGACCUGGAUGUACCUGCAAUCAAUCGUCUACAACGAAAUUCAAAUUCGACCCUUUGGCUUCCGCUGGCCCCAUCCCGGAUUGGACACGCGGCCGCCUCCGCAGCUGAAAUCCGGGCAUGUUCUCGACCAUGGCCCGAUGGCUCCCUUUUGGCCUUCUGUCCCGCAUCCAAUCCCGCGCACCUCGCACGCUUGGCUCCCAUCCCGAGUACUACCAUUCACGAUAAUUAUGUCCUUUGCGGCUGUAUAGGUGCUGCAGCGAGAUUAUUCCUCCACCCCUUCCACACAUUAGGCAUAUUGCGCUCGACAUAACCAUGCUCAUCCGCUCAGCGCGACAGAUACCGCCGUCGCUCCUUGUCCUGCUUGUCUUCCUCGUCUUCCUGGGAUGGCAACUCAGUCAAGGUCCGAGCCAUGAGGAGCCUCCACCACCACCUCCACCUCCGGCUAAGGAAGAGAAGAAGCAUCUGCGGAUCGCCGUUAUGACCUUUGUCACGGAUCAGAGAUCUUACCUCCACUUGUCGCUCAAGAACAAAGACCACUACUCGCGACGUCACGGCUACGACUUCAUCACCGACUUUGAAGCGCACUCCGAGCCGCGUAGCCCUGUAUACUGGAAGUUCGACAUGGUAGAGCGGCUGGUCAAAACCAACAAAUACGACUGGAUAUGGUGGCUAGACUUUGACACGCUCAUCACCGAUACUGGAGUCGCAGUCGCCGACGUAAUCAGAGACGAGCUAGAAAAAGCCGAAAAUGCGAACGAAGUCGACUACAUCCUUACACACGACUGCAACGGCCUGAAUCUCGGAUCCUUCAUCGUCCGCGCACACGACCGAUCGCUCGAAUUUGUCCGUCGCGCACUCCAAAUACGCGAAGAAUCUGAGAAGAGCCACGAGAGCAAGAGUUAUAGCGAACAAGAUGUCAUGGUACAAUUGCUCAAGGAGCAACCAUAUGCCGGCAGACACGUCGUGGCGCCCCAGUCGAGGCUAAACGCUUUUCCAAAGGACAUACCCUGCUUCGAGAAUGAAGAGGGCGAGUGGAAGCCAGGCAAGUUCGUCUUGCAUUUCGCCGGCGCAUGGGCACAUGUCAAGGGCGAAGAUCCCACGGGUCAGCUUAUGAAGAAGUACGAAGGUGAUAUCAUCUGGGGAGACUGGAAGCAAUUCUAUUAACGGUACGCUAUGAGACAGGUUUCGGACAUGUUGGAGUUUAAGGAUGUACACAAUAUCCAGGGUCGAUGUUCUUGCCGUGUAUCUUCGGUCUCGCUGUUGGUCUUUCGACAGCGACGAUGCGUCAUCAUUAACGAUUU